GGCGGAGCCGCAGCGCAUCCUCGCUCUCCCCGCGGAAGAGGCUGCUCUUCGUGGGCCAGGUCUGGAUGCAGAUCUGCUGCAAGCAGGAGGGGUAGUCCCGUCGGCCUGGGGGGGGGAGGGGGGUCUAGGUUGAGAGCCGCCCCCUUUCAUUCCUAUUUCCCCGUUGAGUCUCCCCUCCACUGUUAGCGAAGGGCGCUGAGGGGUAGCCAGGGAAGCAACUGAGGAGCUCAGCGCCGCCUCCUUUCUCUUCCUCUCUUCUUCCUCCCGCCUUUCCUCUUCCUCGCCUGGAUCUGCGGAGAUGAGCAGCACUAGAAACCGACGCCUAUCUCGGCAAAGCUGGUGGGAGAAGAGGCGCUCGGGUUCCGGGCUUCCCUGAGGUGCCCACGAGGAUUCCGCCCGCCGGCGUCCGUCUGAAGCUGAGUGGAGCGGCCGUCCCCUCGGCCAAGCGCUCCCGCCCUCCCUCCUCUGGAUGCUACCGCUGCUGCUGGUCCACGGCUGCCCCCCCUGCGAGGGCGCGGGAGGCGGCGAGCUCGCAUGGCGGCAGCGCAACGGCGGCGGCAGGCUUCGAAGGGGCGGCCCAGACAGCGUCCGAGGUUGCCGGGUCUGCGGGUGGUACACUGGCGACGAGCAGCCCCGUGGCGGCGGGCACUGUGGCUUCUGGCCCUGGGAACCUCGCUGGGUCUGCUCCUGGCGUGGUCGUCUAAUCGGCUUCUCCAUUGGCUGGCUUUCCCGUCUCACACGACGGUGCGCACAGAGUGGAGCCGUCAGCUGGCCUUCCCUGCCGUCACGUUGUGUAACAAUAAUCCGCUCCGUUUCCCGCGCCUCUCCAAAGGCGACCUCUACUACGCCGGCAACUGGCUCGGCCUUCUUCUGCCCAACCGGACGGCGCGGCCGCUGCUUGCUGAGCUCCUGCGCGCCGAGCCGGAGCGACUGCGUUGGUUCGCCAAGUUGGCCGACUUCCGGCUCUUCUUGCCACCGCGCCACUUCGGUGGCAUCAGCGAAGAGUUCGUCGAUCGCCUCGGGCACCGCCUCGACGACAUGCUCCUCUCCUGCAAGUUCCGAGGCGAAGUGUGCAGCCCGCACAACUUCUCUGCCGUGUUUACGAAAUAUGGAAAAUGCUACAUGUUUAACUCAGGAGAAGAGGGGCAUCCACUGUUGACCACGUUCAAGGGUGGGACAGGCAAUGGACUGGAGAUAAUGCUGGACAUUCAGCAAGAUGAGUACUUGCCAAUAUGGGGAGAAACAGAUGAAACAACAUUUGAAGCAGGAGUCAAAGUCCAGAUUCACAGUCAGUCUGAGCCGCCAUUUGUUCAAGAACUUGGGUUUGGUGUGGCACCUGGUUUCCAAACUUUUGUAGCCAUGCAAGAACAAAGGCUGACAUACCUUCCACCACCAUGGGGUGAGUGCCACUCAUCAGAUUUCGGCCUGGAGUUUUUCCCCAUCUAUAGCAUCACUGCAUGCAGGAUCAGUUGUGAGACUCGCUACGUGGUAGAGAAUUGCAAUUGCAAAAUGGUUCAUAUGCCAGGGGAUGCUCCAUUUUGUACACCGGAGCAGUAUAAGGAGUGUGCAGAGCCUGCACUAGUGCUUCUCGGUGAAAAAGGAAAUGAUUAUUGUGAGUGCCAAACCCCAUGCAAUUUGACCCGUUACAACAAGGAGCUGUCCAUGGUUAAGAUCCCCAGCAAGACCUCAGCUAAAUACCUUGAGAAGAAGUUUAACAAGUCAGAGAAAUAUAUCUCGGAGAAUAUACUUGUACUGGAUAUAUUCUUCGAAGCUCUUAACUAUGAGACCAUUGAGCAGCGGAAAGCAUAUGAAGUGGCAGCAUUACUUGGUGAUAUUGGGGGUCAGAUGGGUCUUUUUAUUGGUGCUAGUAUCCUCACUAUUCUGGAAGUAUUUGACUAUAUUUAUGAGCUGAUCAAAGAGAAACUGUUUGAUCUUCUUGGCCCAGAGGAGGAAGAAGGAAGCCAUGAUGAGAAUGUGAUUACUCAAGAGCCAGAAGUGACCAUUCUCCAGCAGAUGCCAUGGACACUUCCUCAGUCAAGCUGCACAAGCCACAUCAAAGAAAAUUUAAUAGAGCUAAUGAUGAUACAAAAUGCCCAGAUGCAUCAAGUCAUAAUGAACAAUCUGGCUAUGUCAGCAGCAGCAUGCUUUGAAUCCAAUCCAAACCAGCAGAUACCCCUUAUCCCCUGGCAGACAGAGGAUGAAGAUGAGAUUGACAUGGUAUUCCACCAUUAUUAUGCACCCUAUCCAAACACCCUUCCAUUCAGAACAUGGAAGCCUCCGUCUCAAUCUUCAGGUUUGACACAGCAGCAGCCCAUCAUUCGUCAUGUGGGCCCAGAUCUUCAGUCAACGGGGAGACAAGAUGAUGGUCAAGUGGUACCCCCGCCCCCACCCCCAAGUGCCACUGGAACAGUCACAGCCGAUGUCCUACCAGCUUCAGAAUACUAUGACUACACUGAGCGAUGGAAGUGAAAUUAAAAUUUCAUCUAUUUUUCCUCCAAAAAAAUUCGAGUUCCCAGCUGCAAGAAGUCUAAAAAGCUCUUCUGAAUUGCACUCUAGCCAACCAGAGUAUGGCAGGACAUACUGUUUUCCUAAUAGGAUCAAAGCCUAAGAUCAAAGCUAGUAUGUUUAUAUUUGUGCACAUUUUUCAAAGUUUGGAAUAAAUUGUAUAUGACGUUAUAUGAGUUAUGCGUAAUGCUUCUAUGGACAGGUGCUGCUUCCAUUUUCUACAGAGCAGCUAUACUUUAAUAUUUUGUCUAGGUUUGCCCAGCCCACUUCCAAGAAGUAUAUAUAUUUUUAUUAUCGUUAUGAAUUCUUGAGCCCAAGAAGAUUAAGUGUGUACUGAUACUUCUUCACUUUUCUGCUUUGGGCUGGCACCUGCUGUUAACCUCAUCUCUGUUUGUUUGUUUGUUGUGCUGAGCAUCACAAUGGUCUUUGUCCUUCUUCAAUAGAUAUUCCUCAAGUCUUCUUCACCUCAAGAUACUCAAGUGGUAUCAACAACAUUUUUUUUAGCCAUAUUAAUUCAAGUUUUGUUUCUCCUAGUUCAGCAUUUCUCAUUAAUAGGUUCUGCAUAUAAACUGGGUAGAUAAGAUGACAGUACGCAAUCUUAACACGGUUCUUUAUUCUACUUUUGAGCCAAUUAGUUGUUCCUUAAGUCAUUCUAAUGUUCACUUUCUAGUCAGCAUAUAAAUAGAAAUGAGGUUCUCUGAUGUGCUUAAGGACUACACAUAAAUUGCUCUAAUUCAUGCAGUAGGAAAAAAUAUGUACAGGUAUUCCUCACUUAGUGACCAAAAUUGGGAAGCAGUCAGUAAGUGAAUUCAUAGUUGUGCUUAUGAUCUUACUCCAGCGUUCCUUUGCUUUACAAACCUGUGAGAUCAUAAAAUCAACUUUGUCAUUUCAUCACUAUUGUAACUGCAAACAGUUACUAAAAAAGGUAACCAUUAAAUGAGAACCACCUGUAAUCAGUAAACAAAAUUUAAAGUAGUUUUGGAACUCAAGUUCUUCUUCUACUAUCCAUGGAAAUGUGUUUGGUUUAACACCUUCUUUUUUGUUAUUGGAAUAUAGAUGGAUCUGUUCCAGUCUUUUGGCAGUCUCAUACUUGCUAAAAAAAACCUGCAAGCAGCAUGCUAAUAGCAUCAUCUUACAAAAUUUUAAACUGUACUCAUAGCAUUUCAUUUACACUUAUACUAGAAUACAGUGAACAAUAUUUUCUGCAAGCCACUUCAUUUCAUUUUUCAAAUUGUCUGUUGUCAUUUAGUGGAGACCCACUGGUGAUUUGGGCAUUUUUUUCAAUAUAGUUCAUAAAUUUGUUCUAAUACUUCUUUGUAUCAAGUAGAAUGAUCUUAUCUUUGAUUGUACCCAUCUAUGCAUAAAACUUUUCUUUGACUUUCAUUUCUUUAAAAAAGUAUUUUGUCUUUCUUUGUUGGGUGUCUAGUUUAUAUCUCCCUGACACUUUUGUUCUUUCAGAUUCAGUAGAUUGUAUUGUCAACCAUUUCUUCUUCUUUUGAUAAGUCUAGUGUGAAAUAUGUUUAUUGUUUUGUCCUUAAUAACAUUACAAAUUUUGGUCCAGAGUUCUCCAUGAACUCUAUUCAUCACUUCUAUUUUAAUAAAUCUGUUGUUUAUCCUGACCACAUACUCAUACAGAAUAUUGGGAGAGUCCAAUUAUCCCUUACUCAUUUUACCUUUCCCUUUCUCUCUUAAUUUUGAAGAAAGGGCUAAUAUAUGACCCUAGUUCCAACAUGGACUUCUCCAUUAUUAUUUGCCCCAAGUGGACUGCAGACCACAAGCAACAUAUUUGGGACCACUCAGAGGAAGGAACAAUUGGACUAAGAAAUGUGCAUAGAUCUUGCUUCUCAAGGGUGAUCUGUGUCUAUUUUUUCUUUCAAAUAAAAACAGUUAGUGCUUUUUAGAUAUUUUUUUUACAGUUGUGUAUUGCAUUUAUUAAUAAUAAAAAUUAUAGUUAGCACA